AUGGGACAUGGGCAUCAUGAACCUUUUGAUAUCCCCCAUUACUCCAAGUUCAAUAAUUGGCAAAACUCUCCGCAUCUUGUUGAACAUGCAAAACGAUUGGAAAGAUUGGGACUAAAAGAUCCAUGGAUAAGGUAAGCUGGAAGAGCUAUCGGUUUAACUGCGGUGAUUCUAUAUUUUUGAGUUUUUUAUUUUGAUUUUUAGGAAUAUGGUGUUCAUGUACGAUCCAAAGUUCGGUAUCCAUAGAACAAGCUACGAGAUCAUCCGAGAGGUAAAUUGUUUUAACCUUUUAUCUAUUACCUACUAUUUUAAUAAUCAGAUCGUAGUAGCUGCCUCCAAAUAAGACAAAACGAAAUUUUUAAUAAACUUUUUGUCAUUUCAGUUCUUCUUCAAAGGAAUGAAACCCGGCUUGGCGAUUGCGGCGUCCGUCAUUGCCCUGGAAGAAGGCUAUUCGUAUUUCAAGAAGGGCCACACCAGUUGGGGUGGUCAUUAA